CUCCAAGACAAUUGAUACCCCUGAAAAAACCGAAGACCUAUUCAUAAUAAUAUGGAAUUAAAUUAACUUUCGCUUUCUUAUCCUGCCUUGAGCUUCAUUCUCCCCUUCAACCCAUUCCCAGCCGAUACCAACGAUCCUUCACCUUGUUACUCGAACCGAACCUUCAAUUCCAAAGUCCCGACAAGUUAACAACAACAUAAAUUCCCACCGACAAAGAUGGCAGAGCCACCGGCAAAGCGUGCUCGUCGCGUGGACAGCUCGACGAUGUGGGAUAUGAAUGAUAAAGAAGCCCGCCCGGAUGAAGCAGCCUCAGACUUCGACAGGAGCCCAAGGCGUGAAGGAUAUUCAAAGGAGGAUGGACGACGUGACGGUCCUCGUGACGAUAGAAGAUAUCGCUCUCGCUCGAGAGAUCGAAGGGACAGGCGGCGCGACAGAAGUUGGUCCAGGGACCGUCGGGAUCGCGACCGCGAUCGAAAGGACAGGGACAGAGACGAGCGUGGGACCAGAGACAGACGAAGCAUUAGUCGCGACAGACACUAUGAAAGACGAGGUUACCCCUCAAAAGGCGACAGAUACCGAGAUCGAUCUCGAUCUCCUGUUCGCAACGGCAACAGAGAUAGAUCCCGGACACCGCCAGUGCGAGGCCCUAGGGGUGACCGCAGAAACGAUCGCAGGGAUUACCGGAACCAGGCAAAUGGUGUAUCAGACUCCAAGAUGUCAAGUCGGCCUCGAGAUGGAAUGGACAUAGACACCGAUGACCCUGUCGCGGAGGACGAUGUCGAAGAGAUGAUGCGCCGGAGUAUGGGUUUCAGCAGAUUCCGAAGCACAAAAAACACCAAGGUGCCAGGCAACAAUGUCUAUGGCGUGCGGAAGGAGAAGAAGACGGAAUACCGACAGUACAUGAACCGUAUAGGAGGAUUCAACAGACCACUCAGUCCUUCACGGUGAAAGAGAACAUGCACAUUGCAACUAUACCAAACUUACAUCGCCAUCUCUUCUUUUUCUUCUUCUAUCUUUUC